AUGGCUACGUUGAGGAAACCUAACGGCGAGGGAGACGACUGGUCUGGUAACCGGAAGAAAAAAAACCCCAGUGUCGACGCCGACGAUUAUUUUGAAGCUGUGGAUAACGACGAAGGCAACAUAAAGGUGAUGACCACCACUGGUAAGAUCAUCUCUCUUAAGGUCAAAGGCUCAGACAGCAUUGCCCACAUUAAACACGAGAUAGAGGCCGAGGAGGGUAUUCCGUGCCGCCAGCAGGAACUGAUCUUCGACGGAAUGAUUCUUCAGGACACCGAUAUCAUUGGGAACUUGGGCAUCAAGAUGGAGUCCACUACCCUCAAACUUAUGCGUAACUCAAGGGGAUCCAUGAAUAUAUUCGUCAAGACCACCGGCUCCUGUCCUAGGACUUUGUCUAUUGAAGUCAAACCCUCAGACACUAUCGCCAAAGUGAAGGCCAAGAUGGUUGAUGAUAGUGUUGGGGAAGUGCUCAUCUUUAAUGACAUUGUCCUCGACGAUAAUGACACGCUUGCUGAGUUUAACGUUAUUAACGGAUCCACCCUCACAAGCAUUGACAAAUCUGUGGACUUGUGCUAUAUGGAAAUAUUUGUGAAUAUUUACACUGGAAAGACCAUCAGUUUGUGCUGA